AAGUGAAAGUGAAUGAAUGUCGGAGUCUUAAUUAGAGAGGACGGCUGCGCCUGCGCCAGUUGUUCUGAUACCGCCGCGUUCGACGCACUAGCAUUGCGUACCGCAAACGAACGCGCCACUUCCCGCAGUCAAACAAUCCCAUCAACUACAAGGUAGAGAUGAGCCGGCACAGCUACCUGGCUGCAGUCGCACUGCUAGCGGUUUUCUGCAUUGCAGAAGCACAGAGACGUUUGGCUCUCCCUGAUCCUCGAAGUUGCGCUAAUAGGGUGCGUCAUUCAACGUACAGGGAUGCUCGCGGAGUACUCCACUCCUACUUCUUCAGUUGGGAGCACGCCCCCACACGCAACUUGGAAGUCGACUGGCUAGACGCAAGAAACAUCUGUCGCCGUCACUGUAUGGACGCCGUGUCAUUGGAAACUCCUCAGGAAAAUGAGUUUGUGAAGCAGCGGAUCGCUCGUGGAAAUGUUCGUUACAUUUGGACGUCCGGUCGUAAAUGUAACUUCGCCGGCUGUGACCGUCCAGACCUCCAACCCCCUAAUGUAAACGGUUGGUUCUGGUCUGGGUCAGGAGCUAAAAUUGGACCAACCACUCAACGCAACACUGGGGACUGGUCCUAUACCGGCGGCUACGGCCAACAACAACCCGACAACCGCGAGGCUGCUCAAGUAAGUUUCGAUGUCUGCAAAUUAUUAUUUUUUUAGUAAUA